GCGUCGCCUGAGCCCCGCGCAGCAGCGGCGCUAGGCGCUCUCUGGGGCCGGAGGGACGCGCCCUCGCUCGCCUUGCUCGUUGGAGCUCGCGACCUCGGGAGGAGACAGGCAGAAUAACCAACAAUGAGGAAAUCCCUUGGGACCAGCUGGAUUUUACUUCUCCUGCUCCUGCUCCAAACGGAUCCUUCUCUUUCUAAGAAGAAGCCUAAACCCGGCGGUGGCUGGAAUACCGGGAGCCAUCGCCAGCCUGGCUACCCCCAGCAACAUCCUCCACCUAGACCUAAUUAUCCACAGGGUGGUUACCCUCAACCCUAUCCUGGCUAUGGAGGAGGCUAUGGAGGAGGCUAUGGAGGAGGCUAUGGAGGUGGCUAUGGAGGCGGCCAGUACAGCAAGCCCUGGAAGCCUAAACCACCGAAGCCCAAGAUGAAGCAUGUGGCAGGAGCAGCUGUUGCCGGAGUGGCAGCGGGUGCAGUGGGUGGUUACCUCUUAGGCAGAGCCAUGUCAAACUUGAAUUUUGGCUUUAACAACCCUUACGAGUCACAGUGGUGGUACGAAAACCGCAACCGCUAUUCUGACCAAGUGUACUACCCCAAGUAUGACCAACCAGUUUCGAGGGAUGUCUUUGUGAGAGAUUGCACAAAUGUCACUGUGACUGAGUACAUCGAGCCCAGUGGGAACAAAACAGCAGAUGACAUGGAGAGAAAGGUGGUGACACAAGUGGUACACCAGAUGUGCACUGAGCAAUACAGGUUGAUGUCAGGCGUGGCUUCGCUGCUCGCCAACCCUUCUGUGCUUGUCAUGGUUACACUGAUCUUAUGUUUCCUGAUACACUGAGUUGUUUUCCUGCAGCUUCUCUCUUGUCGGUCUAGCAAAGCGGAGAAGGGAUCUCUCUAAAGCGUACAAUUGGUGGGAGAAUAAAUUCUUGUAUGUGCAGUUUUUUAAUGGAGUGUAUUUAAGAGAUGUUCUAUCUCCUAAGUAUUCUUGAACAUACUGGCUUCUGCUGAGCACAUGUUGUCCCUUCAUAGCCACCUGUGAUUUUGUCUUUAGUUUGCAAAAGAGUUUUGGGUGGGGAAAGGAGAGACAUGAGAUCAUUUUGUAACAAACCCAACCCUGCUAGAAACCUAAUCCCAUUCUUAUAUAUUGAUCAUUGAGCCUGUGCUUACACAAAAUAUAGCAUACAUAAGAAUGGAAAACUAAUUUUUGGCCAGCUACUAUUACACUGCACCUUGCUAGAACACUUUCUUUUAUUUUUAUAUUUAACGCAGCAAAUCAUUUUGUAUUAUCACAAAACCUGGCUUUGAGAAGGAGAGAAAGAAAGUUUUUAUUUCAUUUCAUUUACACCUAUCAUCGUGGAAUAUGUGUGGGAAUAGGAAGCACGAGUGAUUUCUGCUCCCCAACUUGAAGUCGAAUGUUAAUUUUUCCCAUCCACUUCUGCAGUGAAAUUAGACAGUACUACUCUAGGAACAUAUUCUUCUCACUACAGGGAAGGAGGAGAUGUGCAAAAUAUCCACUUGAACAUCCUUCUGAAGUUCAGGGGGCUAUCUUGAGAGUUAAAAUGAACACAAGAUAUUAAAUCAGAGGAAGGAAUCCCAUCCAUGUUAUAGAAUGUAGGAAGUAACUCUGACAUUUCUUUUGUGACAAACCUUGAAGAGCAGGAAACUUGGUUGCCUAAAUAUAAGAAAACAGAGUACGGUUGGGAUUCCAAAAGGCCAAGUAUGUCUUCACAAGGAAGGAUUUGUGUUUCUUAAAGUGCUUUGGCAACCAGAGCUGAUCUAUAACAGCCCUGGGUCUCUAAAGUCUUGAGUGGCCCAUCCACCAUGAUCGAUUCCCUCAUGGACAUUUUGAAGACUAUUCCAUAUGCAAGAAAAAAAACUUGUCUAUGAAGCACAAUUGUUACAGACACAACAGAGUGUGGUUAAUCUUGUUGAGGCCAAGUAGCCUUGAGACAAAGGUACCAUGGUAGAAAUCUUUUAGUCGGGGGGAAAAAAUCUUCUAUAGCUCACUUUUUGGAAGGUGAUGGAGCAGGAUGAAAUAUUAUUUCUGUUAAAUCAUUUCUGAAAUUAUUUCCAGAAAUCUAAAGCUAUUAAAAACUCUUAACUGUCACAGUAGCACUUCAGAUUUCAAGGAUAUGAUGAAAAGUAUCCUUUUUAAAUGACUAGAAUAUAAACUUCUAGAAAGGGCUUCCAAGUCCCUCCUUUUUAAUAAUUGUGCUGAUUUAAAUGAAAUAAGCUUAUUGGAAAGUUAAUGUUAAUAAUUAAAGUUAGGUGUAAGGUAGCAUCCAACAGUUCCUUGGACCACAAAAUCACUAGGAAUUUACCGUUUUUAAUUCUGCAGAACUUUGGAAUUAACUUUAACUUCCAGUACCAAAGUCCCUUUCAUUGGCUUCUUUAGAAAGAGAAGAGAAAUAUUCACAAAGAAACUAAAAUUUAGAACUCUCUCUGGAAUGAUUGGAGAACCCAACAAUGUGCUAAUAAUUCACAGAACAUCUUUGUGCAUGAGAAAAUAACUCGUGCCCAUCAGCGCUGAUGUCUUGGCUGGCCCUAAUACUGCAAGUUAAGCAAGAGGGAAUGAUUUUGUCUUCAGCUACAUGCCAGAAUAAGAAGUUCAUGGGUAGACACUAAUCACCUUUGGGGACAAGAGUCUGAACAGUCUAACCUAGGGCUUUUCUAUGUGUGGGCUUGUGAAUUGAUUUUAUGGAACCAUGUUUGGCAUCUGGCACCUUUCUGACUGAGGAAAUACGUUAGAGUUGUUCUUUAAACAUAGUUGCUACAGACACUUUGCUCCUUCCGUACCUUGUUUUUGCUAUUUUUAUUGUUUUAUUUAUUUAUUGUAGGACUACUUGGACUGGUAUGCAAAAGUUGACAUUGCCUCCACCAGUGUCACAUUUUGACCAAAGGCUCUGUUUGUUAAGAGAGUUUGUAUAUUUGUUAUUUCUCCACUGUAUACAACGAGCCUUAGAAUAUUACUUCUAGAAACACAACAGUCACUGGAAUUUAACUAGUUUUGAUGAUGCCAUAGUUAUUUAAUUUUAAGACCUAACUGAAAAUUGUACCCUGGGUUAUAAUAAUUUGGUCUGUCCUAAUGUUUUUGGCCUGUGGUAUUUAUAAAGGGUACUUUUUUUUUUUUUUUUUUUUACUAUGGUGUAUUUCAGUUGACUUGCUGAUUGACACUGUGCUUGU